AUGCCGUAUUACGAUCGUCAGAAUUAUCGUGAUGGAUAUCGUCGGAAUGGGAAUCGCGGCAAGUUUCGGGACGAUCGAGUGAAUGAACGUGAUGUGCCAGAAAGCAAGCAUGCCUUGUUUUUCCGUGGAUUGCGCGCUGAUAUCACUGGGGACAAGUUGCGGUAAGGUUUCGAGGUUCAGAAUAAUAUAAUUGUUGUUUUCAAGAGUUUAAAGUAUUUAAAUUCGUAUGGUUUAAUAUAGCACACUUUGCCUGAAGUUGCGGUUACCUUUAUCGAAAGUGUUUUUAUUGUUUUGGGAUUUAAAUUUACUGAGAAAAGAGAUAAUAUUAUACAUGGUUAUAUUACACAUGGCUAGUGGAAAAACGCUCGUAUCUACGUUGAUAUUCGACUGAUUCUGAUGGUUUUGGCCUUUGUACAAAGGUUAUAAUGUGGUUAAUGUUAUCAGUCUAGUUUAGUGACGUUUUAUGUGGAUGUUUGUGUUUUAGAGAUCAUUUCCAAGAUGAGAUUGGUCCUUGUAUUAUCGACUUUUACAAAGCGACAGGAGACAAGUUGUUUGUCGCAGUUAGGUUUGAUUCAAAGGAAGAUGCUGCUAAAUGCUAUGAUAAGUAAGUUUUUGUACUUUAUGCGACAAAAGAUUUACUUUGUUUCUUGUAUUGUCUUGAUAUCUAAUGUAUAAAUCUUAUUUUAGGUACUUUGAAGGCCGUUUGUUCGGAUGCGAUUUGGAAGUGACAUGGUACAGAGAUAUUCGUCGCUACGUAGCGCACAUUAAAGGCAAGUGUUUAUUCUUUAUUUUGUUAUUUGUUUAGAACGAGGAGAAAGGAGUAACGAUGUAAGACGACGAGACACACACAGAAGGUCCAGAUCAAGGAGGAAUUCUAAAAGCGAUAGUGAAAGUGAAGAUGACGAGGUAAUAUACUAUAAAUAUAUUUUUAUGCGGAAUUUAUGUUAGAAAGCAUUUGAAGUUACGUAUUUUACUCAAGAACACCACUUUUUGCAAAAAAUAAUUUAUUUUGGUUAAUUUUGAUUAAAAUUUGACAAUGUUUUGUUAAAAAUGAUCUUUUAUAACAGUUUAUGAUCAUAAUACAUAUUACCGUUUGCAUUUUUAGCCAAAGAGACGUCGUCGAGAAUCCUCCUCCUCUUCUUCAUCAAGCGAAUCCACUCAUAACUCGUCUCAUGUAGAUUCUCAUAAAUCUUCCCAACCAACAUCACAAGCUAUAUCACCGGCCAAAAAAGUUGAGGCACAGUCUACGGCUGAAGUUAUGGAGAUUUCAGAUAACGAAGAAGCUAAUUCAAAGGUGGGUUCAUGUGGUUGUGUGUAAAACUAAAUUGUGAAGGUGUGUUUGUGUGUUUUAUGUUGCUUUUGGUGUGGUUUGCAGUUUUGUGUUUGUACAAGUUUUUUAAUGUUUAUUUGUGUGUUUUAUGCUAAUUUAGCUAAAAAAUACACAGAAUUUGAUUUUUUAUUUAACUUUGACCUUGUAUUGUAGUUUCUACCUAUUUCUUAACCAAAGUGAUAUUUUUUGGAAUGUUGUGGUGUCUGAACCUAUAUUAUGUUUAAAACGAAAAGCAUAUAUGGUUGUAGUCUAGAAGAUCUUUUAAUCGUAUUAUAAUUUAAAAAAUGGCGAUAAUAUUCAACAUCCUACACUAAUAUUGAAGAAAAAGCUGAGAACGACAUCAAAAUCAACAUAAAACAACCAAAAAUUCACUGUAAUUCCCGAAAACUUUCAUCAAACAUCGUAUUUUGUUUAUAGAGCGAUGACAAUUGGGAAUUGAAGCCAGAAAAUUAUGGAAUUUCACAGAAUUUGGUCUUUAAUAUUUUUGAAGAGAUACUGGAAGAUGAUAUUCUUAUUUUAAACUGUCGUACAUCGAAUGAAAAGGAGAGAGGGAGCAGUCAGAAGCUAAAGUUUGCAGAAGAUAAUGGAAAAACACAAGCAACUACAAGAUUACCGGGUUCAAAAUUCCAGAUUUCGAAGUCAAACUUAAGUACUCCAUCUUCAACUUUGUAUACCUCAGCCUUGAAGGCGCACACUUUAAAUUCGAAGACAUACACAUCUGCUUCAAAUACUUAUACUCCUGGAAUAAGAAGUAAAAAGGACAACGGAAAACUACCAGAACAUUCAAAGUUCCAAAAUUUUCAUCAAGAAUAUUCAGCACCUGGCUAUCAAUACCCUGGAGCAACUGGUUUUCGAGCUUCAGAAGGUCCACAACAACCAUAUUCACCUUUUAAUGCUAGACCUUACUUUGAUACGGUGCAUGAAGCUGAUGAUUAUGGUCGAUUCCUUUUGAAUAAUACUCGCUUUGGUGGCUCACCUUUAGCAUCUGCUGGCUAUGUUAACGCACCUCAAUCACCUGUCUAUUAUCAUCAACCUUCACCGAAUGAUGUUUAUGGAGAUGAACAUCCAAAUGCUGGUGAUUAUGGUAAUCGAUCAUCAAGAUCUGGCGGUUACGGUAAUCCACCGUUACAAACUUAUGGAGCACCACCUUCGCUACCAUAUGGCUAUGAUCUUUCAUCACCGCCACCUUAUGCUUAUGCUGCCAAUUCGUCUUUGGAUGCUUACAAUAAUAUGCGUUUACGACCUGAUGCUUUGGCUAAUACUGGUACUAGAAACAAGGCUUCAUUACCGGACUUUUUGAAGCCAUCGCCAGUUAGAGAUUUGUCAAAGCCACCUCUGAACAAAGAUUCAUCAAAGCCACCGCUAAGUCCGGAGUCAUCAGAAAGCCCACCCUUUGAUAUUACCAAACUGGAGCCAUUUGGAUGCGAAUACCCAAAAUCGAAACCAUUUGGAAACGGCUUCAAGAAUUUAAAUUCAAUUCAAAAUGAUUUUGCACCGACUCAACCAUUUGGUUUUCAAACCUCAAACGUUGGUGGAGAUGCCUUCAUUUCGAAUUCAAAUGAAGCCGGAACCUUUGCUGCAGCUAUGUCAGAUCAAUCUGGAACCUAUGGCCAAUCUGAAUCCAAUCGACCAGACUACAAUCAAGUCGCUGGAUUGGCUCAUAAAGUCCGUGAAAUCAAAGCCAUUUACGAAUACCACGAGAACGAUGGCGCGUUUCACGGUAGACGAUACCCAUACACAGUGCACGAUCGCUACACUAACUGGGGACCCAAAACUGUCAGCUACAAUGAUGGAAUGGGACGAAUUACCGACAUAUCGUGGGAUGAUAUGUGGAGAAAGUCCUUGAAAGCGGUUGAUGAAUAUCACCAAAAGUGUCCAUUUAAAUUUGGCAAAAAGGAGGAGAAUGGUGAGGUAGAUUCUAAAGCAAAUGGAGACGAUACUAAGGCUUCUCCUGAAGAAGAUGGUUCACAUUCACAUGGAGAAGACUCUGCAACUUCAGAUGUCGAUGAUUCACAUGAUUACAUGUUGCCCUCAAACAGCAAGGACUACAGAAUUGAAGUCUAUGUCUCCAACGAUUAUGACAAAAUGUUGACGAAGAAGGCUGAAACGUGUUUUUGCUUAAAACCGAAGAAAGACUUUUAUCGGGAGUUGAACACGGAAAAUGAGAGAUUGGUUGAGGCUACGAAGCAGGCCAAAGGAGAAAGAAGGGCUAAGAACAUGGAAAGGAAAAAGCAGGCUAAAGGAGAAAGAAAAGCCAAGAGAAUCGAAGAGAAAACUCACGACAAAGAAGAAAGAAGGACAAAGAUAAUCGAAGAGAAAACAGAAUCAAAAAAGCCACCCCUUGACGAACCAGUAGAAAAGAAGCCUUCACUCGACAAACCAGCAGAAAAGAAAGGCUGGGCUGCAGUAUUUGAGCAGACUAAACAACUAUGUGGCAGACCAAAGGAUAGUACAAGCUCGGAAUAUGGAAACGAAAGGAGAAAAGAUGAUUCAGAUGAGAGUGACGAUGUCUUUGUGGAAUCUGAUAACGAAGCAGACGAUGAAGGCGGAAACGAGGUUGGGAAAGCGGAUUACGCAUUUUGGGAGACAGAUGAUAGUGAAUGUCAGGGGACGUAUUAUUUUGAGAACAGGGAAGAAGAUGACGAGUAUGAGGACGAGGAAGAAGAUAGUAAUGGAUACGAUGAUCAAGAAUAUGAUAAUGAAUACGAAGAUGAAGAAGAAGGAGGUAAUGAAUAUGAAUUGGAAGUAGUUACUGAAAGUGAGGAUGAAGAGGAAGUAGUUACUGAAAGUGAAGAUGAAGAGGAUGUAAUUACUGAAAGUGAAGAGGAAGAGGAAUUAAUUAUUGAAAGCGAAAGUGAAGAGCAAGGUCAUGAAUACGAAGACCAAGAAGAAUAUGACUAUGAAGAAGAGGAAGAGGAAAACGAAGUUGAAUGUCAAGAAAGUGAUGAAGAAGGUAAUGAAUAUGAAGAUGAAUAUAAUGAAUGUGAAGAGGAACAAGAAUUUGACGAUGAAAAUACGGAGUACGAAGACCAAGAAAACUAUGAAGAAGCAGAAAACGCUACUGAAGAUCAAGACGUCGAAAAAGACGAAUCUGAGGAUGACAAAGACGAACAAAGUAUUGCUUCAGGAGAUGAAGAUCGAUAUGAAGAAGAAUGUGAACUUAAUAAUGAUAAGAAAAAGCAUUCUCAAAAUGCAAGUAAUGAAACAGACAAGGAAUCUGUAGAAGAAAAAAAAAAAGAAGACGAAUGUGACUCCCAAAGCGAAUAUUUCAGCUUGAGGCAAAGUGACCAAUCAGGAAACGGUGGCGAAAAAACGACUAUAUGUUUUACUGACGCAGGCAUGAGCGACAUGGAUGAAGAACAAAUGUCCAAAUACAUCAGAACAAUCAAAAUUAAAGGUGUAGAUGGAAAGAAAGGUCAAAAUUCAGAGGUAUAAUGAGACUUAUUGUAAAGAUUUGACAUUUUAUAAAUUUGUAUAUAUGUUAACAUUAAAUUUGUUUUUCAAAAAGGAGUGUAUAUUUCGUUUAUAUAGUAAAAUACGGACGUUAUAAUCCUUCCAGUCUAAAAUAAGAUCAAUCUUUUUUUUAUUUUGCAAGUGUGAAUUGUGUGUUAUCGUGCGGUGUGUGUGAGGUUAUGGUUUGUGUAAGUAAAAUUACCUAAAAUAAUUUUAUAGUACAUAAAGUUGAAUAUUUUUAGGUUGAAAAACCAGUGGAACCAGAACGAGAAGUCCGGCCAUCUCCAGAGCACAAAGUGAUCAAACAAAUUGCAGUAGAACGAUGCCCAUCUGUCCUUGACGAUCGACCGAUGACUGAUACGAUGGCAUUGAUCAGAGUAAGCUUUUUUGAAUUUUGUUGUUUGAGUUUUUAGGUAUUUAACGGAAAUUUGGUUACUUACGGUCUAAUAUAAUGUUAUGAAGGACAAGAAAAAGGUGUUGAAAGAAAUGUCUGCUUUUUGUUAUUUAAAAGUAGUAUUUUACAAUUUUUUUAUGUUAAUAAUGCACUUUGUUGUUCAAAAGUUGAUGUUAUACCUAAAAUUUUUAAUCUUUAGCUAAUUUCUUGUCAUUUUCAGCGCCAAACAGUCCAAGAACUAAAAUACGAACCUCCAAAGGAAUCCUCAUCAAACGGUCUUCAGUUAUCAUCACUCGCUUCCAAACAGGAUGAACUGAUCAAAUCCAAACUCUCCAAAUUGCCAGAUGUAUUCAGAUCGAAAGCCGAGUUGAAGAAGAAGGAGCUUGAAGCUUCUUAUCGCAACGACUGCCAAACCUUUGGUUUAGUCGCGAAAAAGUUGCUCAACAAGAACUCAGAGCUGGAAAAGCCGAUGAAGUUGGCAAUGUUGGAGGUUCUGAAGGAUUUGGAGAACGGUGUCAAUCAGAAUCUGUUGGAUUAUGUAGAGGAAUUGGAGAUUUUGUUGUAG